GGACGAUGUUCUUCACGGCACGUGCUGAAGGGUUCUCCUGCCCGUCCUAGUAUCGCUACCACGGUUCUAUAUCUGUCAUGUUUUGAUGCUGAAGGUCCGCUGACACCGGCAGCAUGCAUCUCGAUUCAGCAUCAUUGUGCGUCAUAUCCGUGGCCCUCCUGCUGCCCCUCCGCACCGCCUCGUACCGCCCUCCGAGUCCCCACUCACUCACGACGUCCUUGACCCGCUCGCCAUCUCCCAUCAGGAAGGGCAUGCGCAAGCAGAGCGGCAGACCGGCCCUACGAGCGGCGGUUGGGAGAUCUGCGGUGGACCUGACCAAGCCACCACCAGCCAGAGUGUCGCUGCCGAUUGCCAUCCCCAUGCCCAGCAGCGCACCCACUCUCGCCAACGGGGACUCAAGUGGUGGUGCCGCUGGCGGCCUGGUUGACCUGAGGAGGGUGGACUGUGAGCGGGCGGUGCGGGACCAGAUCACGGCUUGCAAGGACGUCCCGUCGUUUGCAGUGUUUGUCGACGAGCGUCUGGACGAGCUGCGACGGGCAAGGUGGUGGUGUUUUUGUCGUGGAAUGAGGUGCUCGACAUCCUGUGCUUUGCGCUGCGGAAGAAAACCCUCCCAUUCGUCAGAUAUGGGGGUGAGUGAGUGGACCGACCGACCGACUAACAGAGAGAGCGAGACAGAGAGGGAUGGCAGGCAGGGGCAUGUCUUGUGUGUGCGGUUGGACUGCAGGGAGUACUCGAGCCAAGAGGGAGGAGUCGCUGAGGGCCUUCCUGCUCAACCCUGACAUCCGCGUGCUCGUCUGCAACCUACACGUACACACCAAACCACACCAGACCAGACAGACACCAUCACGCUCUUGUCCAUGUCCCUCUGUCCCUCUGUCUGUCUGUCUGUCUGUCUGUCAGCACGCCGGUCGUGGGCUGACCCUCACGGUGGCCAACCACGUGGUCCUGCUGGAGCCGCAGCUGAGUGCAGCCGACGAGGAACAGGCCGUUGGCCGCAUCUACCGGAUGGGCCAGAGGCGCCAAUCACACGUCUGGCGCUACUUCAUCGCCGACACCAUCGAAAGACGCAUCAAGGACUUCACCAGCACCCCGGCUGCUGCUGCUUCCGGGGGGAAUGACGAGCCGACUGGGGGCGAUGAAGACGACAAUGGCGGCAUGACGAUGACGCGUCGGCGGAUGUCUGUGUCCAAGAAGGGCGUGGGGGCCGCCGGGUCCCAGGCGGCACAGAACCCCGCCAGACAUCUCAAGCAACAGGUGUGUAUGUUUGCACCAGGAGUGAAGCAGCAUAAAGGAAAGAAAUAUCCCUUGCUGCUCAUCUGUGGUGUCUGUCAGUGGUUCACCUACGAAGACCUUGAGAUGCUCUUCGGCCGCAACGACGUCGGACCACUCAUGCCACCACCAGAAGAGCUACCAUGCUCCUCCUCGUCUUCGUCUGCUGCUGCUGCUGCGGCAGCUUCUCCUCCAUUGCCAGCAGCAGCAGCAGCAGCAGCAAAUCCGUUCUCGUCGACGGGCAUGCAGGAGGUGGAUGGCCGUCGCGUGGUCGGUCGCGAUGAGGAGAGUGAGGAGGAGGGCGACACCCCUCUGCAGCCGGGGGGCUCCGCGGCCCUGUGGGAGCCGGACUGUGAGUAUGGAGACGACCUGCUCAUGAUGAUGGGCGGCUGACGAAGCGACACAUACACACACAUGCAUGCUUUGAUCAGAUCGGUGGUUUAAGCCUUCUUUGUAUUGUGUUGGUGUCGAUUAUCUGUGUGUGUCUAUGGUGGCCUCCUUGUCUGUCUGUCUGUCUGUCUAUCUUUCGUUCGUGUGUGCCGUGCCGCUGUGCUCUUUAUGGGUUAUGAGUGGAUGGCUGGGUGUGUGUGCUGUGUGCAUUUAGAGGGGAAGGAGUGACUGACACAGGUAGUUGGUUAGUUACUUACAGAUAGAUGGGUCCGUGUAGUAGUCUAGACAGCUACCGCGGGAUGGCCC